UAUUAUUUGAAAGUUGAAAGUUAAAGUUUUUGUACUGUAAUAUUUUGUGUUUUACAUCAAUUUGAAUGUUGAUGUAGUGUAUCACAGUGUGUUUUUCUCGUUAUUUAUUUUAAAGAGAUAUAAGUUUCUUUGAUUAUUUUCUUGCUAAUUUAUUAGAUUCAAUUCAACUUUCAUUUUUAUAACCAUGAGUUCACGUAGGCUUACAAUGGGAUUGAGAAAUGAAUAUUCGCAGCCUCCUUGUUUGAAUCUUUCUAAAUUGAGAAAAAGAAUUUCAUCAAAAUCAAGUCUCGAGAAUGGUAAUAAUUUAUCGAAGAAAAAUCAAUCACCAUGCGGGUCAAACUUUUCAGGGUGCUCUGAAACGGCAGUGAUUUCUUUUGGCUGUGAUAUAUCUCCAGAUUCUAUUCCAAAAAAGAAAAAAGGCCCACUCAAAGGAUAUGGUGAUGGCAAAGAACUUAUUGAAAACGAUGAAAACUCUCCUGAUAUACAAGCAUCAGUAUCAAAUAGCAGAGUGAAUAGCGUUGAUCAAGAAACACAAACAGAUGUUCCAAGUAGGCCUAAAGGUUAUGCCAAGAAAAUAAAGCUUCUUUUGAUAUCCUUACUAGUAUUUUUCUGUUGUACUCAAAUUGAUUUUCUUCAAAUUAUAGAAGAUCUCCAUGAUGAGUAUUUUUCAAGGUUGAAUCCCUCUGAAGCUCUUCUAAUUGAUAAUGGAAAUACAGCCGCUCCAACUUUGUUUCUGGAGGAUAUGGCUCAGUUGCAAGCGAAAGUUGAAACAUUGGAGAAGGCUCUAGUGCUACUACAACAGCCGAAAGCCAUGCAGAUCAACAGAGCAGCUGAUAAAAUGAUUGAGCAGUUGUAUGGUCCAAUGCCAGACUAUGCCUUGGAAGCGACCGGAGGCAGUAUCAUCGAUACUCCAAAUACACAAACAUACUCUUCAUCUGGAACUCUAUCAAUCUUCGGAUUUGAUUUUUGGAAAGAAAUGGUUUCUCAUCCACGUCUCUUAAUCAAGGGAUUGAUUCAACCUGGAGAAUGCUGGACAUUCAAGGGCACAGUUGGCAGUGUAGUCAUUCAACUGUCACUACGUAUCAAAGUGUCAUCGAUCACACUGGAACACUUUCCUGAUCACCUUCUACCAUCAGGCAGGCCUACACUUUCUGCUCCAAAGAUCUUCUCAGUAAUAGCUGUUCCAGAUUGUGAAAAUUGCAAGCCAAAGCACUUGGGUCUCUUUGAAUACAAUUUGUUUGGGCCAGCUAGGCAGACAUUUAUUGUUGGCAGAGAGCUAUUUGAAUCCAUGCCAGGUGUCAGGAUCAUCGAAAUACACUUUACUGCAAAUCAUGGAAAUCCUGUAUUUACCUGUGUUUAUCGAGUCAGAAUUCAUGGAGAACCACACCCAAAUUGAAGUUAUCAUCUACAAGGAUCUGCAGAAAUCAUCUUCAAGAAUCUAAAACAUCUAUUAUCUAAAAUUAUAUGUAGCAUUUUAGUUUGUAGACUAAAUAACAAAGUCACUUUAUGAAAAUAUAACAACUGUUCUCAAUCAACUAAAUAAGAAACUGUGAUAAAGACUUUGUAAUAGGAACAGCUACAGUAUAUCCUACCCUAAUUGAAGUCAUCAUCUACAAGGAUCUGCAGAAAUCAUCUUCAAGAAUCUAAAACAUCUAUUAUCUAAAAUUAUAUGUACCAUUUUAGUUUGUAGACUAAAUAACAAAGUCACUUUAUGAUAAUAUAACAAGCUGUUCUCAAUCAACUAAAUAAGAAACUGUGAUAAAGACUUUGUAAUAGAACAAAUUACCGUAUAAUACGGUAAUAUAUCAGUGGUUAAAUUCUAGAUGAAAUUGAAGUUUUUGGUGGCAUAUUUUGGAGGAUAGUCAAUUACAAUACGAUUUCAGCUUUCUCCUUUUAUCCAUCUUGUUUUAAACUCUCUGUUUUAUAAUAGUUGUAAAAAUUAUGUUACUUUUUGAACUUUUCAAGUUAUAGUAUUUAAUUUAAAAAAUAUGUUACUAUCUGUGAAACUAUAAUAAUUAUCUAAUCAUUGAAAUUGUGAAACUUGUUACAAAAAGAAAAACGGAAUAAAAAUUAUGU